AAGCUCUCUCCGGCUCCCCGGAUCGACAGACCGUCCAUCGCGCCGUGAUUGCCGAGUCACUUUGGGGUCGUCAGACUGCAAUUUUAUCUUCGGCGUAUCAGCGCAUGGAGCCGCAGCAGAAAACCGGUCCUUUCCCGAGAACAGCUUUCCCUUGAUAAGCAAGGUCGCUCAAAAUGCAGCGGGAUCCAGCUUCUCCUGCCUCUCAUACCUCAACCUCCGCACAAGCCGACUAUAACCUCUCUCCCCCUUCGCUAUGGCAGGACGGUCGAAAACGAAAGAAUGCCCCGCCUGGCUCGCGGAGCGUCGACACCCUCACACCGGAACAGCUCGCGAAAAAGCGUGCCAAUGACCGUGAAGCCCAACGGGCAAUUCGAGAGCGGACCAAGCAGACGAUUGAGAGUUUGGAGCGGAGGAUACAGGAGUUGACAUCCCAUCAACCAUAUCAAGAGCUUGAAGCUGUCAUCAGACAGAAGGAUGCUAUCCAGGCAGAGAAUGAGGAGAUCCGGAGGAGGCUUGCCUCUGUUAUGUCCAUCAUUCAACCCAUUGUGGGAGCGCAGGGUUUGACUGAUCUUGCGACCGCUGCGCAGCACAAUGUCCAGGCGGGACUGAAUCAAGCGCAUCCUAUCCUCAAACCUGCCUUCCCCCCAAACAACGGCACCCCGGCCGAUUCCACCUCCUUCAACGGCCAGCGAAAUGGGCAGGUUGCCUUCUCCGUCUCUCCUAAUCUGUCACAAGGCCACUUGGAGACUCCCACGCACCCCCCAUCGUUUGGAGCAGAGGGAAUCGAGGAACACAGGCCUUCGCCUACGUCAAGAGAUGCACUGAGCAACCAGCGAGAUAACCUCCAACGUAGCCUCGAGUUGAACGAUGGCGGAGAGCGCGUCAACUUUGGCUUUCUGCUCGAUCUCUUGGGGCAACGAACAGGCAAUGCACGCCCUCAACCUCAACCUCGACCUCCACCACGGACCCAAUCUUCGCAGCAGCACACCUCACCUUUCAACCUCAGCUCCCCCUACCCAGCCCUUCCUCCGACCAUGCCCGAUCAACUACAACUCCCCACCGCAUCCUGGAGUGUCCUCCCCAAAAACAGUUCGCCCACAUGCCCUCUCGAUAGCCUACUCCUCAAAUUCUUACAAUCUCGCCAGCGCGAUCCCGUUGGCGGUGCCAACGCCCUCCCCACCACACCCUCCUAUCCUUCCGUUUCGUCUCUUCUGAAUCCCAGCGGGCCUCGUCGGUCGCUGGACGACUUGUCCCAACUUAUGACCGACAUCAUCUCGAAAUUCCCCAACAUCUCUGAAUUGCCCGAACAAGUAGCCACUCUGUUUGUCAUGUUCACCCACAUGCGCUGGCAAAUCCAUCCAACCAAAGAGAACUACGAGCGGCUACCUGAAUGGUUCCGGCCUACUCCGGCGCAGAUAUUCCACCCUCAUCCAGCAUGGAUGGACCAUAUUCCGUGGCCGGGGAUGCGAGAUAGGGUGGUGGCAACCCCCCAGGAUUACCCUUUUGACAAUUGGUUUUUCCCUUUUACAUCGGGUCUCUCUGUUAAUUGGCCAUAUGAUCCGGUGGACUGUCUACUAAGCACUUCUGAGAAAGAAGAACCCGUCAUCAACCCCGUCUUUGAGAGCCACAUCCGGCGCCUAGAGAACUGGAGUUUGGGGCCAUUGUUUGCCGAGACCUUUCCCAAUCUGGCGGAUACGGCGAGAAUAAAGGGGAGAGAGCCUGGGACAGUCUGACGAGUGGGAGUGGGCUGAUGGAAAAGAGCCGAACAGGUUUGUUGUGUUCAUUUUGUUGACCACACCAAAUCGCCCGGGCUCUCUCUAUCACCCUGUGCGCGAGUGCAUCCUCGGACGCUCUUGCCGGCCAUUGUUGGCUCCACGGUCUUUGAAAGGCCACACUUGGAUCAUAUCGCAUGUCGAGCUUUGAAAGGGUGUUGAGAAACCCUCGAUUGCCCUCCCCAAUUCUGUGCAGAGAACCACGACCAAUUCACGGAAAGGAACACAACUAUCCAUAUUUUCACUGGGGGAUACCGCCGGAAAGUGUACAAAAUGGGCGGUGUAGUGCUGAUUAUAUGCUCUGAUGCGUCUUUCAGUCCCCAACUUUACCAAAAGCAAACUGCAAUGAAGCUUACCUACAUGUAGCUCACUUGAGCAUAAUACGAGGCAGAGAAACAAAGCAAGGCGUUGCUGCCGCCGACGCUAAUUGAUUGAUUGAGUGAGUGACUGGUUGAUCAGUUUGUCACAGAUCGAGUCUCGUUUCUCAGGGUUGACUUUGAGCAAAGACCGUUCUGUCCACAUCAUGAUUACCAAGUACAUAUCACAUAGCUGUAGUGGUCCGUAAUGAAAGUCGCAAUAGACUUGACCGCGCAAUGUGUUGUGAUAUAGUUGUAAAUUACACACGGCCGA